AUGACGGAAACAUCGACCCCCACCAAAUCUGCUUGUCCUAUAGAUCAUCGUUCUCGCUCUGGAUUUUUUUCUUCAUUCUCUCGACAAAACACUUCCUCCGAUUCAAAUCUCAAUGCUCAAGGCUGUACGAGUGAUACUCUCGACAAAUCCUCGACACAAACACCCACCUCUUCCCAACGAAUUUCGCUAGACAAUCAACGUGAUGUCUCUUCUAUUCCACGCUGGUCUUCAACUCCGUCCGAUUAUUGGGUUUAUCCCUCAGAACAACAAUUCUUCAAUGCUUUAAAACGUAAAAACCACGAGGCUAGUGAGACAGAUAUGCGAUCCGUAGUACAUAUACAUAAUGCAGUCAAUGAACGGGCCUGGAGCGAGGUUUUAAAAUGGGAAAGGUUGCAUGAAAGCACAAAUAAAUGUGCAGUGAAAUUGAAGAGUUUUCGGGGAAGGCCUGGAGAUUUGAGUUUUAAGGCGAGAAUGUAUGGAUUACUAGGAUAUACAUAUCCCUUUGAUAGACAUGAUUGGAUAAUCGAUAGAUGUGGUAAAGAAGUCCGUUACAUAAUCGAUUUCUAUUCCGGAAAACCUGAUUCCAGGAACCCGCAUUCAGUUAGUUUUUACAUUGAUGCGAGGCCAGCUUUAACAAUAGAAGGUGUAGUUGAUCGAAUACGAAUGAUUCUUGCUUCAUGGAAUUAG